CUACCGCCACCCUAGAAGGAUGGGGUCGGAAGCCCCCAGUCCGCAGAACCCGAGCUGUAAGAUCAUGACCUUCCGUCCCACCCUGGAGGAGUUUCGGGACUUUGGGAAAUACAUUGCGUACAUGGAAUCGCAAGGAGCUCACCGAGCAGGGCUCGCCAAGGUGAUUCCUCCCAAGGAGUGGAAACCUCGAAAAACCUACGAUGACAUAGAUAAAAUGGUGAUCCCGGCGCCUAUUCAGCAGGUGGUUACGGGACAGUCGGGAUUAUUCACCCAGUACAAUAUACAGAAGAAAUCUACGACUGUGGGAGAGUACCGGCGUCUGGCUAAUAGCGAGAAGUAUUGUACUCCUCGCCAUCAAGAUUUUGAAGACUUGGAGCGCAAGUACUGGAAGAAUCUCACAUUUGUCUCACCAAUUUAUGGAGCUGAUAUCAGUGGCUCACUAUAUGAUCCAGAUGUGGAAGAAUGGAAUAUUGGCAACCUGAACACCCUCUUGGACAUGGUGGAACAUGAGUGUGGCAUUAUCAUAGAAGGUGUCAACACUCCCUACCUCUACUUUGGGAUGUGGAAGACUACAUUUGCUUGGCAUACCGAGGACAUGGACCUCUACAGUAUCAACUACUUGCAUUUUGGGGAGCCAAAAUCCUGGUAUGCCAUACCUCCAGAACACGGCAAGCGAUUGGAACGCCUGGCAAAAGGAUUUUUUCCAGGAAGCUCUCAGGGAUGUGAUGCUUUCCUCCGUCACAAGAUGACCCUCAUUUCACCCUCAAUCUUGAAGAAGUACGGCAUCCCUUUUGACCGGAUCACCCAGGAAGCCGGAGAGUUCAUGAUUACAUUUCCUUACGGUUACCAUGCUGGCUUCAAUCACGGCUUCAACUGUGCUGAGUCUACCAAUUUUGCCACUUUACGAUGGAUCGACUAUGGAAAAAUGGCAACCCAAUGUACUUGCCGCAAAGACAUGGUGAAGAUUUCCAUGGAUGUCUUUGUCAGGAUUCUGCAACCAGAACGUUACGACUUAUGGAAACAAGGAAAAGACAUUACUGUCCUGGACCAUAUGAAACCCACAGCUGUGACUAGCCCAGAGCUGGAUGCCUGGAACAAGACAAAGGCAGAGUUGAAGGCUAAGCUGCUUCGCAGGAUAGGAGAUGAGGAAGAGGACAACAAACACCGGUCUCACCGAAAAAGAAGUCAACCCAGAAGACACAAGACAGAGGAUCAGAAGUCUCUUGGGGAUGUCAUGGCUAUUGAAACUGCUUUGGAAGAUGGGAAAAUGAAAGAGGAGCUGAAAAGAGGGCCGGAUCUAGAGGAGGAGGAGCGGAGCAAAGUGAUGGAGGGAGCAGAAGGUGACUGCAAGGUCAAGGCCCGUCCUCCGAAGGUGAAAGGGGAGAAGAAGAAAAAGCACCUUUUCCAUCAACAGCAGCACCAUCUCCCAGCUCCUCAGCCUCCUCUGCAGCAGCAGCCGCCACCGCUGCCCCCGCCGCCCGCACCCCAGCAGCCGCUGGCAGAGGAUGGGGCACCAGCAGCACGGUCCCCAGCACCCCCAGCAGCACCCACAUCAUCCACAGCAGAAAAGAGCUUGAUCCCAGCUCCCCUCAACAUCAUCCAGACCUCGGAGGCGCUGGUUGAAGAAGAUGACUUUAAACCUCGGCCGAUCAUUCCCAUGCUUUACGUGGUUCCGCGGACCAAAAAGGUGGUGUUCGACAAGGAGCGCAUGUCCUGCCAGCAGGUCUUCGAGCAGUUUGCCACGCAAAAGAGUCCAAGUUGGCAGGACGAGGCAGUCCCUAUGGAAAUCCCUGUGAAGGAGGAGGAGAACGCAGAAGCAGAAAGCAGACCAGUCUCUGCAGAGGUCAGUGAGUUACAGACUGCUUCUGCUUUUUCAAAAAUUAAGAUGGAGAUAAAAAAGAGUCGUCGUCAUCCACUGGGCAAACCACCAACCCGCUCCCCGCUGUCGGUGGUUAAACAGGAGACCUCGAGCGACGAGGAAACAUUUCCAUUUUCUGGUGAGGAAGAUAUGAGUGAUCCAGAAGCUUUGAAAUCUUUACUUUCCCUCCAGUGGAAGAAUAAAGCACCUAAUUUCGCAGCUGAAAGAAAAUUCAAUGCAGCUGCUGCCCUGAGCGAGCCAUACUGCGCUGUCUGUACCCUCUUCUACCCGUACAAGCAGUCCUUACAGAUGGAUAAAGAAGCUGUCCCAGUCUCUGCAGGGGAGAACAUCGCUUUCAUCCACUUUUCUAAGUGCGGACAGAAGACCAAGCCUCUGAUCCCGGAGAUGUGCUUUACCUCAAGCGGAGAAAACACAGAGCCUCUUCCUUCAAAUUCGUACAUUGGAGAAGACGGAACCAGUCCCUUGAUAUCCUGUGCCAAAUGCUGCCUGCAGGUUCAUGCUAGCUGUUACGGAAUACGUCCAGACUUGGUGAACGAAAGCUGGUCUUGCGCACGGUGCUCGGCCAGCGCAUGGGCGGCGGAGUGUUGCCUGUGUAAUCUCAGGGGAGGAGCUCUUCAGAUGACCACUGACGGGCGCUGGGUCCACAUAAUCUGUGCUAUUGCUGUCCCCGAGGCCCGUUUUCUCAAUGUAAUAGAGCGUCAUCCUGUGGAUAUCAGCGCUAUUCCAGAGCAGAGAUGGAAGCUGAAAUGCGUGUACUGUCGGAAACGGAUGAAGAAAGUGUCCGGUGCCUGCAUCCAGUGCUCGUACGAGCACUGCUCCACCUCCUUCCACGUGACCUGCGCGCACGCGGCCGGCGUGCCCAUGGAGCCGGAUGACUGGCCCUACGUGGUGUCCAUCACCUGCUUCAAACACAAAGCGGCUAACCAGAACGUUCCCUUUCGAAGGGAGGUGACUCUUGGACAGACUGUGAUCACAAAAAACCGGAAUGGACUCUACUACCGAUGUAAAGUGAUUGGCAUGACUACACAGACUUUCUACGAAGUAAACUUCGAUGACGGUUCAUACAGUGACAACGUUUACCCAGAAAGCAUUAUUAGCAGAGACUGCAUCCAGAUGGGACCCCCGCCCGAGGGCGAGCUGGUUCAGCUGCAGUGGACAGACGGAAUCAUCUAUAAGGCCAAGUUUAUUGCAGCCCAGAUCAGUCAGAUUUACCAGGUCGAGUUUGAAGACGGUUCUCAACUAAUGGUUAAGCGUGGUGAUAUUUAUACCUUGGAGGAAGAGCUUCCCAAGAGAGUGAAGUCUCGCCUGUCCCGCAGCACUGGGGCUCCUCAGGAAGAUGUAUUUUCGGGAGAUGAAGCGAGAGCAGCCAAACGCCCCCGGCUGGGGAAUUCAAGAAAUCCUGAAGAAUACGGACAGAACCCAGAAUACUUUGUCUUUAUGCAGAGCCUGUUGCAGACACAGUACCAGGCAGGGACUCAGAGCAACAUGUUUUAACUAGGAUUAAUUAAAAAAAAAUAUUCAAUUAACCCUUUUCAAGCCUACGGAAAAAUAACCAGGAAGCUGUGGACUAGAAGACCAACCUUGUGCAAUAGCCUGCUGUGAAUUUCUUUCGUCUACUCUUGGUCUGGACUGCAAGAAAAAUCCUGUCUGGCUGCACGCUACCUCUACUUUGCCAGACAUUGCUGACCAGUAGAGUAGGGAGCUUGGAACACCUUCAGACAGCAUUUCCCGUGAGAACUUUUGGAAGAGUUUGUAC